CAUGGGUAUACUAGAGUUUAAUGCGGUCGAUUUGUAGUUAAGGAGGAAUUUAACAUUAAAUCUGAUGCACUGAUUGGAUUUUGAAUGGUAUAUCUAUCUAUAAUAGCAGUGAUAACUGAGUAUAUACUGCUUUUGGCAGUGCCCGUUUUUUCCAAGGAGGCAAACAUUACUCAUUUUGUAAAAGGUGUAGGUUUCUCCAUAUGUGUAAAGGGCGAACAAUACUUCGACGUGGAUCAGAACAAGUGCAGACGAUGUCCGCGUUGUAGAAAAGCUUCCAAUUAUUUGCAAUUUAAAAUAAGAAUCAGUCAGGAGGUUGGAGCUUUAGACUGCUAUCCAUGUUACUGCAAACCAGGUGAACAAUUGUAUGACGAAUAUUCUGAAAAAUGUAGUACAUGCCCUACCUGUAAUAUGUAUGGUUACAUAAACACUAGUGAGGAAAUCCAUAUUGAUGAGUUUUAUGGAGCCCUCAAUUGUAGCCAAUGUGUAUGUACUUCUGGAUACUUUGCUAAUGCUUUGACACAUCUCCAGUGUGCAGAGUGUUAUGACUGUCAAGGACAGAAUAGAGAGUUUAUAACUCCCUGUACACAAGACACGGAUUCAGAAUGUGGUAACUGUCUUGUAGGGUAUACGAAUCUUGGAAUCGAAAAUGCUGCAUGUGUUAAAAUCAAAUCAACGGUAGCACUAAACCUCGGCUCACCGACAACAACAACGAUCUCAAAUAGUGGUCACAAUGGAGUGGUGAGAUCCCAUACUAUACUGAUAGUUAUUUUGGUCAUGGUAACAUUCACUGCCGCCUGUAUCAUCUGCAUAGUUUAUCGUAUUAUAAACCAUCCAUCCUGUUGUAAUUUCACUAAUGAUGUGACUCCCCCUGUAUCUGCUACAACACUCAUCUCAACAACAUCUGCAAUGAAGAACAAUAAUCGACAGGGACAGUUGAAUGUGGGAUCCACGGCGGCUGCCAUCCCUCUACUUUCAGGAAACAUAGACCUAGAACAAAAUGAUGAAGUUGAAGAACAACUUGAAUCUGAUGGUUUGCUCAGCAGUAACCAGAUAGAAAAUGUGAUGGAAACCAUAGAUGAAAGAAAUGUUGUCGUCAUAUACCAGAAAGGUGAUAGCUGUUCAGUUCAUAUUAACAACCCACAAGAGUCGCCAUCUUGA